GGCGCUCACGUGACCAGGAGCUGACGUGGGCAAAAGUAUUUAAAGCCCUGAAAGCAGUCCCCGUCCUCCUCUGGGUACCAACUCCAGUGCGGCGCAGAGCCGCACAUUUAACCCAGGCGAAGAGGAGGACAAGGAGAAAAUUUGCAGGCAGACUGGUUGCCAGACACCUCCGAUCCACUCAGUCCUUCAUCCUCGUCUUUUCUGUCCUGGAAAAGGAAUUCGGGUCUGACUUCUGGGCUCUGUACAACUUCAGGUACUGUGGAAAAGAUCACACUGCUUCUAAUCCCAGAAGUUGGUAUGUGCAUAAGCACCAUCUAGGGACCUUUGGGUUCUGCACUGUUCACAGUUUGGCAGAAUUUACAAGCCUGAAACCUCACCCUGACCUGUACUCAUUCUCCUCCGGCAAACCAGUAGUGCACUCUGGAUCAGAGAAUCAUCCCGGCUGCACCAUGAGCCGUGUUCGGGAUGCAGGCUGUGUAGCUGCAGGGAUAGUGAUCGGAGCCGGUGCCUGGUACUGUGUCUACAAAUACACGAGGGGAAGAGACCAGAAGAAGAGGAGACCAACCAAGCCCAAGAACCGGGCGGUGGCUGGCACUGCAGCCAGGGAUAGAGCAGGACUAAGGGCUGGAUUCACAAUUGACCUGGGUCCAGGAUUCAGUCCACCAACCACAGUCUGUGCUGGGGCAGAGGACAAGGUCCAGGAUGAAACCUCUGCUUUUGACAUGGCUGGGGCUAAGGCAUUCGUCCCAGCUUCAUCCAGCACUGAAGCUAAGAAUGAGACAGAAAGUCUGGCUCAGGAGACAGAAAGGGCAGGGACUGGGACUAAGACUGAAUUAAUAUUAGAGGUUACAGUGACCUCUGCAGUAGCACAGCCUUUAGGGGUGGCAGGAGCUUCCAAAACUCUAGAAGAUUCCACGAUGGCAGGGGUUCCCAAAGCGGCAGUAGCUCCUAACAUGGCAGAGGCUCCCAGGGCAACAGUGCCUUUAGGGAUAUCAGUGUAUCCCAGAACAGUAGUGCCUUCCAGGGAAGUAGUGUUGCCUCCAGGUACAGCAGUGUCUACCAGUUCAACAGCAGCCACAGAGACUGUGGAGGUUCCUGGAAUGGCAGCACCUACUGAGAUGGCAGAGGGUUCUAGAAUGACAAAACUUGCAGAGGCAACAGAGGCUCCUGUGUCCACAACACCUGCUGGGGUAGCAAUAACUGCCAGGGCUUCAGAGUUUCCUGGGACUUCAGGGUCUACUAGGACAGCAGCAGUUGCCAAGAAGGCAGCCCCUGGAGCUCACACUGGGGCUAUACCUAAGGUCGGAUCAGUCACUAGAGCCAUGCCUAAAGGUGGGGCCAAGGGUGGAACCAGGUCCCAGACUGGAGGCAAGGGCAAGAACAAGAAAAGCAAGGCUGAAGUAGAUGAAUUGGGGAUGGGCUUUCGCCCUGGUGAUGGAGCUGCUGCUGCUGCUGCAGCCUCUGCUAAUGGGGGACAUGCUUUCCUAGCAGAAGUCCCUGAUUCUGAGGACGGAGAGUCUGGGUGGACAGACACAGAGUCAGAUUCAGACUCUGAACCUGAGACCCAACGCAGAGGGAGAGGAAAAAAAACAGUUGCCAUGCAAAAGCGCCCCUUUCCUUAUGAAAUUGAUGAAAUUCUGGGUGUGCGAGAUCUCAGGAAAGUUCUUGCUUUGCUUCAAAAAUCAGAUGAUCCUUUCAUCCAACAGGUAGCUUUGCUCACUCUGAGCAACAAUGCCAAUUAUUCAUGCAAUCAAGAGACAAUUCGUAAAUUGGGAGGCCUCCCAAUUAUUGCAAACAUGAUCAACAAAACUGAUCCUCACAUUAAGGAAAAAGCCUUGAUGGCCAUGAAUAAUCUGAGUGAAAAUUAUGAAAACCAGGGCCGGCUUCAGAUAUACAUGAAUAAAGUGAUGGACGAUAUAAUGGCCUCUAACCUGAACUCUGCAGUACAGGUAGUUGGACUAAAAUUUUUAACAAACAUGACUAUUACUAAUGACUACCAACACCUGCUGGUCAAUUCCAUUGCAAACUUUUUCCGUUUGUUAUCUCAGGGAGGUGGAAAAAUCAAGGUUGAGAUUUUGAAAAUACUUUCGAAUUUUGCUGAAAAUCCAGAUAUGCUAAAAACACUCCUUAGUACCCAAGUGCCAUCAUCAUUUAGUUCCUUGUAUAAUUCUUAUGUGGAAUCAGAAAUUCUUAUUAAUGCCCUUACUCUAUUUGAGAUUAUCUAUGACAAUCUAAGAGCAGAAGUAUACAACUACAGAGAAUUCAACAAAGGCUCCCUGUUUUACUUAUGUACUACUUCUGGAGUGUGUGUUAAGAAAAUUAGAGCCUUGGCAAAUCAUCAUGAUCUCUUGGUGAAAGUGAAAGUUAUAAAAUUAGUGAAUAAAUUCUGAUUGUUACAUGCUCUCAAAAGAUGAAAUUUCUUGGUUUCGUGCCCUAAAAGCACUGCAGAUUUAAAGUUUCUGCAUUUUCAUUUGCUUAUUUGGUAAAGAGUUCUCUUCAGCUGCCAGUUUUGAAAAAUGUAUCUUCCACAGUGAAGUUAUCUGUGACAGUCACCAGCUUUAAGAUAAACCAUCUUAUGAAUACCAGUCUUCUUGUAAUGAAAACAUUGUGACUUUAAUCAUGCUACUUGGGUGGAAUAUUUUUACUGGUUCUUCUGUGAAUUGACAGCAUACCUGCCUACUCUGCUAAUAAUUGUUUUGACUUGAAUUUAUCCAAAGACUUCAUUCAUAUACUAUCAAUAAAGUUGAGUGUUUCAAAUUUUUAAAA